UUGAGCAGCCUCCGAGGUGCUGGAGAGGGAGGGGUUGGGAGGCGAACCGGAAGUGAGGGGCGGUUCCGCGGGGCGCGCUUCUCCACAUCCGGGCAUCGCCUCCGUUCAGCCUCCCCACGCCAGUGACAACAGGAAGCGGAAGUGAAAAAUGAGUAUGCCUGGUGCCUCUUAGCAACCUAAGGGGUCAGGUGACACAACCUGCUGACUCCCGUAGAGAAAGUCACUGUGGCGGCUGGUACCGGAGUUGUGGCAGCCACGAUUGCCCAGACGGGGACCUUAGAUCGUCAGAAUGUCUGGCAAAGACCGAAUUGAAAUCUUCCCCUCGCGAAUGGCACAGACCAUCAUGAAGGCUCGUUUAAAAGGAGCACAGACAGGUCGAAACCUCCUGAAGAAAAAAUCUGAUGCCUUAACUCUUCGAUUUCGACAGAUCCUAAAGAAGAUAAUAGAGACGAAAAUGUUGAUGGGUGAAGUAAUGAGAGAAGCUGCCUUCUCACUAGCUGAGGCCAAGUUCACAGCAGGGGACUUCAGCACCACAGUUAUCCAAAAUGUAAAUAGAGCCCAAGUGAAAAUUCGAGCGAAGAAAGAUAAUGUAGCAGGUGUUACUUUGCCAGUAUUUGAACAUUACCAUGAAGGAACUGACAGUUAUGAACUGACUGGUUUAGCCAGAGGUGGGGAACAAUUGGCUAAAUUAAAGAGGAAUUAUGCCAAAGCAGUGGAACUACUGGUGGAACUGGCUUCACUGCAGACUUCCUUUGUUACUUUGGAUGAAGCUAUUAAGAUAACCAACAGGCGUGUAAAUGCCAUUGAACACGUCAUCAUUCCCCGGAUUGAACGUACCCUUGCUUAUAUCAUCACAGAGCUGGAUGAGAGAGAGCGAGAAGAGUUCUAUAGGUUAAAGAAAAUACAGGAGAAGAAAAAGAUUCUCAAGGAAAAAUCUGAGAAGGACUUGGAACAACGGAGAGCAGCUGGAGAGGUGAUGGAGCCUGCUAAUCUUCUGGCUGAAGAGAAGGACGAGGAUCUCCUGUUUGAAUAAUUUUUCCUUCUCUGGUUCUUUUGGAAACCCUAACACUGGCUCCAUUUUAAUUCACGCUGUGUAGGUUUGAUUUGUGUGGCUAUUUAUUUUUUGGCCUAAGAAUUUCUUUCACUGAUUGUAAAAUUUACCUGAAUGUCUAUUUAUGGGAUUACUUUUGCAGCAACCAUUUAUCACAGAUGAAAGAGCUUUGUAAAACCUGCUCAGGAAUUUACUCUGCAGAAGUGUUACCCUACUCCAUUUACAUCUGUGUUACAUGUGAUCUGCUAACCAAGCAUAAUAGGAAAUACCCCUUAGGAAACACUACUGGUCUUAGGCCAACUACUGUGGACCAGCCUUCCUUCCUACCAACUUGCAAACCUUGGCACUGUUGUCUGAGAUUGCUGCAGCCAUCCCUGUGUUAUCGUGGUACUUAUUUUCUCAAGCUUUGUGAAAACCUGCACUUAUUUUUCCUUGCAUGACAGGUCUGUCUUGUCAUGAGAGCAGUUCUGCCAAUUGAAAUGUGACUAUGGUAUAAACAGUAAAAUGAUUGAAAA